CGACAUUGCCAUUCUCAGUUUGUUUACAUUUCUUUACAGAAAUGCUCGGCAGUAAAUUAUCCAAAAUUGUAAAUAAUUUCGUAAGGCCAAAUGUUCGUUAUUCGAACAAAUUCAUUCAGAAAGACAAAACGGAGCACACUCUAAUACGUCAAACAUUAGACAAAAAACCUAAGCCAACAUCUAGUGAUUGGAAUGAACUGCGAAAAAAAUUGAUGCUGAGCACAGCGAACAAGUCUUCGAUUAACAUUGACGCAACAAUAUUGAGAAGCUGUUUUCCCGAUCGGCUAGAUGUGGGACAGUCGUACUGGAAAUAUUUGAAAGAGUCUGGCGAUGAUCCCAAAUCGACCACUUUGAUAGUGUUGCUAGAGAUGUAUUACAGAGCGAGCAAAACUGGAACUGCAAUAACAGGUAAUGAUCAACUGGACAUCAUUGACAUAUGCGAAAGUUUACGCCAGAAAUCUCCUGCUUUUGAUUCUACAUCAGCCGAAGGAAUUAUUUACGGUCUCGUACUAACUGCUGAUUGGCGUAGAUCGCUAGAGAUUUUGGAUUCGAUUCAAAUUUCAUCAAAACCGUCAUCGUACAGUGCUGUUAUUCAACGUGCCUUACAAGAGCAGGAUGAACAUCUUGUGUGGAAAUUGCUUGACGAUAUGGUCACAGAUUGUGAUGAAAUUCAAAACGAAGUUUUCAUAUCGUACAUUGCAUUUUGUGAACGCAACGCUGAAACAUUUACGGAAAAUAUCGAUAAAAUGCUAACAUUCAUUGGCGACAAUCGAAUAGUGGUAUCAACUGUGGUGGUAAAUGAGAUUCAACGCUCCUUCCACAAAUUUAAUUACAACUGCUCGACUGCUACUGUCAGUAAGCAAGGAACGUGUCAGUCGUGUCGGAAGCGCCUUCGUGAUAUUGAUAUAACAGACGAUGAAUUCAAAAAUUUGAGCAACCACUUCUUCGACAAGAUAUUCAUUGAGGAAAACAUUUUCAAUAAAUCGACACCCGGAGAACUUAAGUCGUUCAUCGCAUUUUUUGAUGAAACAGGACCGUACCACUGUGUCAUUGAUGGUCUGAAUGUUGGUUAUUUUAAUCAGACAUUUAAUCCGAUAGCACAAUCGAAAUUGCUUGCCGGUGUCGUCAAACAUUUUGUUAAUCAGAAAAAGUCCGUUCUUGUGAUUGGACGAAAACACAUGACACGUUGGCCGAAAGCGAACAUGGACUACAUUCGCAAGCAUGCGAACCUUUUCCUCACCGAAAAUUCAUCACAGGAUGAUUUGUUCUUCCUCUACUCGACUCUGAAAAGUGGUCCACACACCGACUUUGUAACGAACGACGUCAUGCGAGAUCAUACCCUAGCUUGGGAUAAGGAUUUGAAGACAGUUUAUCGACGAUGGCAAGAACAACAUCGGUACAAGGUCAGGGCGAUCAGCGAUUAUGGGCGGAUUACAUUCGAGGAUCCUGUUAAAUUUGAUAUGAAUGCACAGCAAGUAGAUGGUUGUUGGCAUAUUCCGUUUGAAAACGGUUCACAUUGUACACUGAAAGAAAACUAUUUACGAAAGAAUUGGCUGUGCGUGUCGAAACAACGUCCUGGGAAGUAGGCCGAUUUUAAUAAAAAAAAACUUGAUUAGAA